CGUGAGUGAAUGUCUUUGAGCGCGUUCACCUGAAAACACAAACCCGUUUGAGUUAAUUGGUUUGUUUUUAUUUGUGUCUCAUAUCGUGUUAAAUUUCUUUGCAUUCUUUAUCGGCCAAUAAUUGAUUCCUCAGUUAAAAUAAAAUAAAAUAAUGGAUUUCAAAUCCUAUUUUUGUUGGUGGAGGAGGUGAAUGCAAGUCAAACAAGGAAGACAUUUUUUUCUGGAAAAAUACAGGAUCUGGAUGUGCUGACAGAUUGUGGUGUGGAAUUUGUGUCAUCAUCAUCAUGGAUUCUGUAUCAGAUCAAACUCCAAAGGGUUCGAAUUCGAAACGCUCCCCAAAGAAAUCCCCACAGAGCUCUGGCAAGCGGGAAAACCGCAAACGCAGCCAGAAACCAAGUCUCCAGGAGGCAAGAAAUAAAGGAAGACGGGACCGAGGCAAAGCAGAAGAGGAGAUGACCAACAAACUCAAAAACAUGGAUUUGCUCGACAAGCCGAAGGCGACCGGAACAGGUCUGGUUUAUUCCGAUGCGUUUUCCCGUUAUCACUGCCUGUGGGACUCCAGUCACCCCGAGUGUCCAGAGAGAGUGAGCGCUAUCGUGGGGAUGAUGGAGACGGAGGGGCUGCUGUCUCGCUGCAUGCAGGUGGAGACCAGAUCUGCCUCAGAGGGGGAGCUUUCUCUGAUUCACACGAAGGAAUACAUCGAUCUCAUGAGGUCCAUGCAGAAGAUGACUGAAGAGGAGCUGAAGUGUGUGUCUGAUCGUUACGACUCCGUCUACCUGCAUCCUGAGUCUUUCUCAUGUGCCUGUCUAGCCGCCGGCUCUGUCCUCCAGCUGGUCGACAAGGUGAUGACAUCGGAGCUUCGCAAUGGCUUCGCUGUCUGCAGACCUCCAGGACACCACGCCCAGGCCGAGCAGAUGAACGGAUACUCCAUGUUUAAUAACGUAGCAGUGGCAGCGCGUUACGCUCAGAAAUGCCACGGCGUCCAGCGGGUUCUGAUUGUGGACUGGGAUGUGCAUCACGGUCAGGGAAUCCAGUACGCCUUCCAGGACGAUCCCAGUGUCCUGUAUUUCUCCAUCCAUCGGUAUGAGGAGGGCUCGUUCUGGCCUCACCUGCCUGAGGGAGACAGCAGUGCUGUGGGUUCAGGACCAGGCGAGGGCUACAUCAUCAACGUGCCCUGGAACAAGAUUGGGAUGGAGGACGGAGAUUACGUCUCGGCGUUCCAGAGAAUUCUGCUGCCUGUAGCAUACGAGUUUCAGCCUCAGCUUGUGUUAGUCGCCGCUGGCUUUGACUCUGUGGCUGGUGACCCCAAGGGCGAGAUGUGUGCGAGUCCUCAGUGUUUCUCUGUACUCACCCACAUGCUGAUGGGUCUGGCCAAGGGCCGAAUCGUGCUCUCUUUGGAGGGAGGCUAUAACCUGCAGGCCACAGCAGAGGCGGCGUGUGCUAGUUUGAGGUCGCUCUUGGGUGACCCCUGCCCUCAUCUGAACUCGCCAGGAGCUCCUAGUGAGAGUGCUCUAAAAUCCAUCUCGAAGACAGUUUCUGCUCUGUAUCCGUUUUGGACCAGCCUGCAGACUCUGGAGGGAGGCCCUCUUUCCGAGGCAGAGCCCUUACCCUCAGCCGUGUGUGUGGACAAACUGGAAACCUCUGUCCGAGUUACUGGACUUGUUUAUGACGAGCGUAUGAUGGAGCAUCAUAACAUGUGGGACAGCCAUCACCCUGAGCUCCCUCAGAGAAUCUUCCGGAUUUUCUCCCAUCAUGAGGAUUUGGGGCUCGUGGACCGUUGCCAGCGGAUACCGGCUCGUUUAGCCACGGAAGAGGAGCUCGCACUUUGUCACGGAUCUGAGCACAUUGCGACGAUAAAGAGCACCAAGCAGAUGAAGCCCAGAGACCUGAACCGGCUCGGAGACGAAUAUAACUCUGUCUACAUCAGUAAAGAGAGUUAUAAGUGUGCGCUGCUGGCAGCUGGAGCAUGUUUCAAUGUAGCACAGUCCAUCCUCACUGGUCAGGUGAGGAACGGUGUGGCUAUCGUCCGUCCCCCUGGGCAUCACGCAGAGAGAGACACCGCUGGUGGAUUCUGCUUCUUCAACACAGCUGCCCUGACCGCCCGCUAUGCUCAGAGCAUCACCCACAAUGCCCUGCGUGUCCUCAUCCUCGACUGGGACGUGCACCAUGGCAACGGCACCCAACACAUAUUUGAAGACGAUAAAAGUGUGCUCUACAUCUCUCUCCAUCGCUAUGAAGAAGGCUCGUUCUUCCCCUGCUCAGAGGACGCCAAUUACGAUAAAGUGGGCCGAGGGAAGGGUGUGGGUUACAACGUGAACAUUCCCUGGAACAGAGCCAAGAUGGGUGACUCGGAAUACCUAGCCGCCUUCCACCAUGUAGUGAUGCCGAUAGCACGAGAGUUUGCUCCGGAGCUGGUGCUGGUGUCGGCCGGGUUUGAUGCCGCUCGGGGCGAUCCUUUAGGGGGGUACCAAGUGACCCCGGAGUGCUACGCCCACCUCACACACCAGCUGCUGAGUCUCGCAGCAGGACGAGUGCUUGUCAUUUUAGAGGGAGGUUAUAACCUCACGUCCAUCUCCACAUCCAUGGCCAUGUGCACCAGCAUGCUCCUGGGUGACACGCCCCCACUGCUGCCUCCUCUGCCUCCUCCUCACCCCAGCGCCGCCAUUAGCAUCAACAACGUCCUGCGAGCACACGCCCCCUACUGGAGAUCUCUCAGAAUACAGAUUCCAGAGUCCCUGCGUUUGUCCUUGCCUUCUCCUAAACCUAAAAUCAAGCACACCCCAGCAGGAAAAGGCAGAACUUCUCCUCCUCGGGUCACUCCUGAACAGCAGUACCAGCGUAUCCCAGUGACGACUUCACCAGCAUCGCCCCCUACUGAUCAGGAGGACUCAGGGCUGGAUGAACUCACCCAAGGCCUGCGCUCUCUAGACCUGAGCACGUCUACGAUAUCUGCCAGUUCCAGCCCUGCCUCCAUCCCUGUGGGUGGGGCUAGACCUAAAAUGAAGCCUAGCCCACAGAGGGAUUCCUUAACAGUGCAGGAGGGAUCGCCUGUCCGAGGGACUGAAAGCGGUAUAGAGGACGGUGAUGUAAAAGCUGAGUCCACGCCCAUCAAACAGUCAGUACAACCGGCGGCUGAAGAAUCGCACGCUGGGGCUGUGCGUGAUCAGGAGAGUCCUGCGCUGGAGGGAGCGUGUGGUUACACGAAGAAAUCCGUCUUUGAGCUUGUGUGUGGAGCCGUGGACAUGGCCGGGGAUACCAUGUACGUGGUGGACCCUUUGGCAUGGUGCCCACACUUGGAGUCGGUGCGUCCGGUGCCAGCAGGGGGCAUCGACGUGUUCCGGCCGUGUGAGGAGUGCGGCGCUGAAACGGAGAACUGGAUCUGCCUCAGCUGCUACAAGGUUUUGUGUGGGCGUUUUGUGAACGAGCACAUGGUGGCACAUGGUCAGAUGUCCUCUCACCCUGUGGUCCUGAGCUUUGCCGAUCUCUCAGUGUGGUGCUACUCCUGCGAGUCCUACGUCCACAACCAGGUGCUGUAUGAAGCCAAGAACGCUGCUCAUCUUGCCAAGUUCGGGGAGGACAUUCCCCCCAUCAACUAAUCUAUCAUUGAAGAUAAGAAGAUUCCUGUGCAGGCAAACAAGAGGGAUGUGUGUGUGUGUGUGUGUGUGUGUGUGUGUGUGUGUGUGUGUGUGUGUGUGUGUGCGCGCGUGCUCGUGCAUGUAUGAGGAAGUAACAAACUGGCAUUUCACGAUGCAGCUGAAUGUGUGUGAGAAACUGUUUUCACACUGAAUACUCGUCUCCAUUUCCACACUCAGACACGUCCUCGUCUCUGCAGGGGAGCUGAACUCAUUAAGCUGUGGUAAUUACACAGUGUGAGUGUGAGCGAGAUCACACAUUUCUCCUGCACUGCUUUAGUGCCAGAACUUGAUCAUUUGAGUUUUAAUUGUUUCUCAGAUUCUCCACUCUCUUUAUUCCUUAUAAAAACAGCACAGGGCCAGUUUUCUAACCCUUUUAUUACUAAUGGCUAAAACUAAAGUAGCUUCUGAACAGCAGUUUAAUAAUGAAUACAGGAGGAGAAGGUUGUACGGUGACAUCAGCACCAACAUCGGCACCAACACCAGCCAGGCGUCUGAAGUUCAGCGCCAGACCCUUACUGUUAAUCGCACUGUUAAUCACGUUCCUGUGUGAUAAUGAAGGACUGUUUAUGGGCACAGCUCCAAAACGUAUUUCUGCAGCUCACAAGCAAUAAAUAAAGCACAGUAUUCACAAACAAACCGUAGUUCUGACAGUUCAACUUUGUACAUUUCACUGUUCUUUUAUUCUGUUUUCUUAACAUCUUACUUGUAUUUCUCUUUGAACAAACUCUGUAUCUGUGUUACGGGGAAAAAAAAUCAUUGUAAGUUAUGCUUUUGUAAACUUUGUUACACCAAUACACUUUAAAUGUGAAGAAUAA